CAACCAAAUGGUAGUUUAGUGUAAGCGGUUAGGCCCGGUGGAUCAUGAAGAUUGAUUGACCCGAGGCGAGGCGGGCUCAUGGCGCAAGAGCUACGUCCUACCAGAUGAUCAACCGGCCGUGUGUAUAUAUAAGCCGGAGAACCCCCCGCCAAUUCUCAUCAUCCAUCCACUGACUCACCAAGUGAUCAAUCCAAAAUCCAAUCCCAGAGCAGAGCAGAGCUCCGGCUAGCAAAACAAUGGCGGUGUCUCGGGAGCUGCUGCUCGUGGCGCUCCUGGUGGUGUUCUCGUGUGAUCUCAUGGCGGUGUCGGGGCAGAAGUUCAACGCCCUUUACAGCUUCGGCGACUCCAUGUCCGACACCGGCAACCUCUGCGUCAAUGGCGCCCCCGCCGGGCUUACCCUGACGCAGCCCCCCUACGGCGAGACCUUCUUCGGCCGCGCCACCUGCCGCUGCUCCGACGGCCGCCUUGUCGUCGACUUCCUCGCUGAGAGGUUCGGGCUGCCGCUGCUGCCGCCGUCGAAGCAAGGGUCAGCCGACUUCAAGAAGGGCGCCAACAUGGCCAUCAUCGGCGCCACCGCCAUGGGCUCCAGCUUCUUCCAGUCCCUCGGCGUCGGCGACAAGAUCUGGAACAACGGCCCCCUCGACACCCAGAUCCAGUGGUUCCAGAACCUCCUCCCCUCCGUCUGCGGCUCCUCGUGCAAGACGUACCUGUCGAAGUCCCUCUUCGUGCUCGGCGAGCUGGGGGGGAACGACUACAACGCGCAGCUGUUCGGCGGGUACACGCCGGAGCAGGCGGCGGGGCAGAGCCCGGCGAUCGUCGACGGCAUCGGCAGCGGCGCUGAGAAGCUGAUCAGUCUAGGAGCCAUGUACAUCGUCAUCCCGGGUGUCCUCCCCGUGGGCUGCUUCCCCAUCUACUUGACCCUUUACCAGACCUCCAACGGCGGGGACUACGACCAGUACGGGUGCCUGAAGCGGUUCAACGCGCUGUCGCAGCGCCACAACUCGCUGCUCCAGGCCAAGGUGUCCAGCCUCCAGAGCAAGUACCCCUGGGCCAAGAUCAUGUACGCCGACUUCUACUCCCAUGUCUACGACAUGGUCAAGAGCCCCUCCAGCUACGGGUUUAGCACGAAUUUGAGGGCGUGCUGUGGAGCGGGAGGGGGCAAGUACAACUACCAGAACGGGGCGAGGUGCGGCAUGGCGGGCGCCUCGGCGUGCGGGAACCCGGCGUCGUCGCUCAGCUGGGACGGGAUCCACCUCACGGAGGCGGCAUACAAGAAGAUCGCCGACGGGUGGGUCAAUGGGGCCUACUGCCACCCGGCCAUUCUGUCCUAGAUCGAGCUCCAUGGACAUCUCUCUGGUUCUGGCAUUGCUAGCUCCUCAAAGUUGGGGGGAGAAUUGCUUGUUUUAGCGGAAAAGAAGAAGGAGAAGAUGUGUUGCGAGAAUAAUUUAAUUCAGCAGCAAUUUUUCUCGUACGUGUGUUGUGAUUUCCGGUUUGUGUAGAGCGCGAUUGGGCGGUUAUUUAUGUGUUGAAUUGAAUACCUUGUUCAAUGAUUUGGUUGAGAUCGGUCCCGUAAA